AUGUUCAAUCUCACCGAUACUAUUAUAAACUACGAUGUCAUACCAUUUGAUGAUACGUUAAUAAUGUACAACCCCCAUGAUCCCAUCAGUGUCAUCAGUGUAUUCUUGUCAUUAUCACCGAUCCUCCUACUUACAUUCUAUCUCUCAUGGUUGAUCAUUACCAGGGAAUUAGAAUCGAUCAUCGUGGCGGGUGGCCAACUAUUAAAUGAGUUUUCCAACAAGAUUUUCAAAAGAUUGAUCAAACAACCAAGACCACACGAAGCAUUGAUGGGACCAGGGUAUGGUAUGCCGUCUGCGCACUCCCAAUUCGUCGGUUUCUUUCUAAGUUACUGGACGCUAAAGAUAUGGUUGCAAUGGGACCCACACGCAAGCACAUCUCUCAAGACGCAAUCCUCGCUGUUUAUAUUGACUUUCACACUGAUGGUCUGCGGUUCUCGAAUAUACCUGUUGUACCACACGCUGGAACAGGUGACACUCGGCUACCUCAUCGGGAUCGCAAACGGGACGCUGUACUUCAUGGCUGUCGGCGUGGUCAGACAGCUGGGUCUUAUGGACUGGCUGCUGGCAUGGCCACUGGCCCAAGCCUGCUAUCUGGUGGACUCAUUCAACUCGUCCAACGGCGAAACGCUGCGGAAGAAGUGGGCUAAAGCCGCGGACAGCAGCUGA